UGGCUUGGGGGGAUCAGUCUGUAUUCAGAAUCUUUUCUCCUGAUCUCUGGGUUGCUCAGCUUUCUUUGGGGUUUUAAAAAAAACAUGCUGAGCCACAUGUGCAUCUUUUACCACCAGGGGGCGCUCAUGCCUCAGGCUGCGACUGCCAUUUCAAACCAAGCUUGUGGGAUGGGGAAACAGGGCAAGAAAUGAUGGCCCCUGAAACUCCUCGUGGCAUCUCGGAGGCGGCCGCCCUGGAGCGGGAGCUGCUGGACGAGUACCGCUUUGGGCGGCAGCAGCUGGUGGAACUAUGCGGACACGGCAGUGCGGUGGCUGUGGCCAAGGCGUUCCCUUUGCCUUCGCUGUCGCGCAAGCAGAGGACGGUACUGGUCGUGUGCGGCCCGGAGCAGAACGGCGCUGUGGGGCUAGCGUGUGCCCGGCACCUGCGGGUGUUCGACUACCAGCCCAGCAUCUUCUGCCCGGCGCGUUCGGCCGACGCUCUGCACUGCGACCUGACCACGCAGUGCGAGAAGAUGGACAUUCCCUUCCUGUCCUUUCUGCCCGCCGAGGUGCGGCUCAUCGAUGACGCCUACGGGCUAGUGGUGGACGCAGUGCUAGGCCCCGGAGUGAGGCCGGCGGAGGCGGGCGGGCCCUGCGCGCGCGCGCUGGCCACUCUGAAGCGGCUCUCCAUCCCGCUCGUGAGCCUGGACGUCCCUUCAGGUUGGGACACCGAGGCUGGCGGCGACGCAAAGGAUGAGGUGCAGCCCGACGUGCUAGUGUCCUUCGCUGCGCCCAAGAGCUGCGCGAGUCGCUUCUCCGGGCACCACCACUUUGUGGUCGGCAGGUUCGUGCCUGACGACGUGCGCCGCAAGUUUGGCCUGCUCCUGCCAAAAUAUACUGGCACCGACUGCGUGGCCGCGCUGUGACCUGUACCAAUAAACAU